UCAAAUGCUCCGCAAAAGGACGUUAUAUUAAGCAGUGCAGACACUCGAAUAUUACAGCCUAAUUAUACAGCCUACGUACAUCUAUCGUUUAGGGCAACUCCUCUAGUCAGUGUGCAAAGUGUUUAUGCAGCCAUGAUUUCAACAGGUGGCGUCCUGUUUUAGACAGACAGCGAGGCUCGCGCACAGGAACGCGCUCGGUCAGGCAGGCUGUUCACAGAAGAGACAAAACAGAGCAAGGCUUUUAAACUAUAUUCAGAGAACAGAUUGAGAGAAUGGCUGUGUUUAAACAGGAGAAGGUGGAAGACUUCUAUGAGGUCGGAGAGGAGCUUGGAAGUGGACAGUUUGCCAUUGUGAAGCAGUGUCAGGAGAAGAGUUCGGGCCAAGAGUUUGCCGCCAAGUUCAUAAAAAAGAGGCAGAGCAAUGCCAGCCGGCGUGGAGUACUACGAGAGGAGAUCGAGCGGGAGGUCAGCAUUCUGCAGCAGAUCCGCCACCCCAACAUUGUCACUCUGCACGACGUCUACGAGAACAAAACCGACGUUGUGCUGAUCCUGGAGCUAGUAUCUGGAGGAGAGCUGUUUGAUUUCUUGGCACAGAAAGAGUCUCUUAGUGAAGAAGAGGCCACUCAGUUCAUUAAACAGAUUCUGGAGGGCGUUCACUACCUGCACACCAGAAACAUUGCUCACUUUGACCUGAAGCCUGAAAACAUCAUGCUUCUUGAUAAGAAUGUUCCUCUGCCUCGGAUCAAACUUAUUGAUUUUGGCCUGGCUCACAAAAUUGCUGAAGGGGCUGAAUUUAAAAACAUCUUUGGAACUCCAGAGUUUGUAGCUCCUGAGAUUGUGAAUUAUGAGCCUUUGGGCCUAGAGGCAGAUAUGUGGAGUAUAGGAGUGAUCACAUAUAUUCUGCUGAGUGGAGCAUCUCCAUUCCUAGGAGAGACAAAGCAAGACACCUUAGGAAACAUUUCAGCGAUGAACUAUGCGUUUGAUGAUGAGUUUUUUGGCCACACCAGUGAGCUUGCCAAGAGCUUUAUCAGACAAUUACUACAGAAGGACACCAAAAAGAGGCUCACUAUUCAAGAUGCUUUAAACCAUCCCUGGAUCAAGUCCAAUGAGCAUAAGGAGGAGCCCAGCAAAGUCCCAGAGAGGAAGCGUGAGCGGCGGCAGCUGAAGACCAAACGGCUGAAAGAGUACACCGUCAAGUCGCACUCAAGCAUGCCACCCAACAACACGUACGUGAACUUUGAGCGCUUCGCCCAGGUGGUGGAGGACAUUGCAGCCAUGGAGGACACUUUCAGCCAGCUGGCUUUGGCCCAUGAUGGCCUGCAGGAGGACAUUGAUGCUCUGGUGUCCAUCUACAAUGAGAAGGAGCUGUGGUACAAAGAGGAGAGCGAGAGCAUCCGGCACGAGUUGUCACAGCUCCGCUACGAGUUCCGCAAGGUGGAGGCACAGAGGCGCAGUGUGCAGGAGGACAUGAGGAAUGUAGAGGGUGGCAUUAGUCGCGUUAGUGAGCGCUACAAGGAGAGGCAUGCUCAUUUUGAGGCUUUGCAGAAUGAGCUGGGGGUGGAGCUGCAGUGGGUGCAGGAGGUGGUAGGAUCCUUCCAGGUCACCGGGAGCAGCGGAGGGUUUCCCAACUGCAGCUUCAGCAGUGUCUUUAAUGCUGAUGUGAACGAGGCACUGAAAGAGCUGCUGAACAGGACCUGUGGUGGAGAGUUGCUGACAGGAAUAAAUCUAGACCAGCAGAGAUGAUACAUAUACAUUAGUGCUGCACAGUACACAAUUUGUUAAUCAAUAUCAUGAUACUGGCCUUGGCAACAUUUAUAUUGCAUAAACCUGCAACAUGCAAGUGUGCCCUAUGACAAAUUACUUUUUUAUUAUGUGCUGUGAGCAUCUUGAUUAACCACAAAUGUUCCAGAUGGAUUUAUGUUUAUGUGGGUAUUAGGAUGAAUCAAGGGGUUCAUGUGAACCAACAAACAUAAAAAAAUUAACCAAACAUAAUGCAUCUUUAACCAUCAAAUAACAUUGUGUUCACUGAUGUGUUUUUCACAUAUUGUCAAUUGCAAUUUGUAUCAGUAGAAUUGCAAUGUGGUAUUUUCCAUUUCAUGCAGCUCUAAUACACAGGGGUGGAUUUAGUGAUUCUGGGUGCUUAGGCAAAAGACAGAAAUGAGGCCCCCUGGAUGCACAUCUAUAAAUUAGUUGAGGUUCGGGACUCCCAAGUGGUGCAUCUGUCUAAAUUCAAAGAAAUUAUAUUAUAAAAUCCUGUUAAAUCUAGUUGAUAUAUCUAAUAUUUCUCAUUUUGAAACUCUUGUAAAAUAUAAUGAGAUUAUUUAACAGUCCAUAUCCUUAUAUACCAGAAACAUUCAUUCAUUUUUACAUGAACAUUUUCCACCCUCUCUUUAUUCCUUUAAAUUAAACAGCCUGUUUUUGUUACUGUGCUUUUAAGAUAUGUAACUAAGCUUAGCUCUGAUUGGGGUGACUUGUAUUAUUGUGCUUAAACCAAAAAGCAGUCGAGGCUGAAACACUCCUUUAGUGUAAAUGAGGAGGGCUAAACUGUUGUAAACUGAAUGGACAGAUGUUUGUAAAUGUUUUGGUUGUUCAUUAAAUCAUAGAAAUCAUCAGAACAGAUUAACAUUUAAAUUAGUAUAGUUAAGUUGUAUUUUUGUGGCUUAUGGAGGCCAGGUGGCUGCCAUCUUUUGCCAAGUGCAAAGACUGCCCCUGCGAAUUCAAACACAUAUAAACACAUCAACAGAGGUUACACACCUAUACUGGUAUGAUGCUCUCUGCACUUCAUCAUUUAUAAACUUGGACACCUGCCUCCACCUCAUUCAUAGCAUUAGUGAACUGACAAAUACAGCACUUGAGUGUAAUCAAUUCAAAUAUGUACAUCAGUUACAUAUGAACAAUAUUAUAUGCUAUAGUAAAUAAUACUGCACAUUACACAACUACAUUCAUUCUAAACUGAAAAGAAAUGGGUUGCUGUAAUAUUGCAAUUCACAUUGAACUGAUGUACACAUUUGAAUCAAGAUUAGAUGUGUUUACAAAAAUGACCUUGUUACCUGUUCAACAAUAUUAACAUUUUAAACAGGUCAGGUCAUCAAUUAUGGUAAAGGUGUUCAACAAGGCAAGGCAUGCCAAAAACCCACUUGAAUUGCGAUAGGCGUUUUCAUUUUGUAUCUAGUUGAACAUGAAAUAGGAGGCACAGACAAUCAUCGUGAGCUAUCAUCAGAUUCUUAACAGUAUGUUAGGUUAUUGGAUUUAAAGCAUUGGGUCUUGCUAGCUUUUGCCUACUGUCUGACUUUUUGAGUUUUCUGAGUUUUUGGCCUGAGGUUGUUGAUGAGUGUCUCAUAUCUUGAGGAUUUUUUGCAUGCUGUCUGCUCUGAAAGUGGAAAGAUAACGUUUCCAUUUGAAUGCCAUAAAAUUUCAAUCAAUUUCUUACAGUAACAAAACAAAUUAAGAGAUUAUCAUGAUAUCACUAUAGAAGCAGAUAUACUGUUUUAAAACUGUUAUAAAGUGUUAUUUUAACAUGGUGCAAUAUACAGGGUGAUUCAAAAAGAUUUAUCCAAUUUCAAAGUGCCAUAUUUUUAUAUAUUGAAAGAGGGGGUCAUAGAGUUUCUACAUGUCAGUAUGGCAGUGAACCUCCAACAGCUCAGAGCAUUUGUCGUUGGUACCAACUGUUCCAAGAAAAAGGUCACCAGCAUCACCAGAUCUCACAUCAUGUGACUUUUUUUGUGGGGAUAAGUUAAGGAUUCUGUUUAUGUGCCACCACUCCAAAUAACACUGGAUGAUCUCUGAAAUCGCAUUGAAAGAGCCAUGAGUACAGUGACACCUGACAUGCUCAGUCAAGUAUGGGAUGAAUUUGACUAUCAUGUUGAUGUUGUACAGCUGAAGGAGGUCAUAUUGAGCACUUGUAAAAUUGCAUAAUAAACUUUAUGCUCACUUAAA